UGAUUAUUGAUGUAUUCAUUAAUGACUUUUGUUGUGUAGUCUUUCCAUUCUUAUCAAUGCAGCAUGUGAACUACUCUUCUUACUUAGGUCCUUGGACUCCAUCCCGCGUUUUCUGAGCACAGGAAUGCCAGCUCGGACAAACCUGGGCGCCAUGGUAGAUAAAGGUGACUCGCCAAUGAUGGACCACCUUAUUCCGUGUCCAAGCCCCCAAAUGGAAAGACCUCCCUCAUCCACUGGGGGACUGAGUUCUAUAACUCACUCCAAAGAAGUUUUGACUUCUUCACUGCGUAAAUUGACCAAUCAGUUAUCGGAAAUAAAGAGAAACUUUGGUCAAGAGAAUCACCACUGCAAUCAUCGGCACGGACGAAUAGCUGAAGACAGGGACAGUUGGAAAAACAGAACCGAGUUUAUCUUGAUGCUGAUUGGUUACACGGUCGGCCUUGGAAAUGUGUGGAAGUUCCCUUCAUUAUGUCAUAAGAAUGGUGGAGCGUCCUUUCUCAUUCCUUACGGAAUCAUGCUGGCACUAGAAGGUAUACCAUUAUAUUACAUGGAACUGUGCAUUGGACAACGCAUGCGGAAAGGCUCAAUAGGAGUAUGGAACGAAAUUUCUCCCUACCUUGGUGGGCUAGGACUAGCCUCUGUGGUAGUUUGUUUCUUAGUGUCUCUCUACUACAAUGUUAUCAUUGCGUGGUGCGUGUUCUAUUUUUUCAAGUCUUUUCAAAAUCCUCUUCCUUGGUCCACUUGUCCACUCGAACCCGUGACUCUCGGUAACGUUACGACGUUUGAGCCUGUACACGAGUGCAAAGUGACGUCAGCUACGACUUAUUUCUGGUACCGAACAACUCUGGGAAUGUCUUCUAGUAUUGAGGACGGUGGCGGUAUGAACUGGAAGCUCUGCGCAUGCUUAGUUGGGAUAUGGACCCUGAUAUGGCUAUGUAUGAUGAAGGGAAUACGGAUUACAGGAAAGAUCGUAUACAUAACUGCCACCUUACCACUCAUUUUGCUCAUUAUAUUCUUCUUUCGCGGUGUUCAUCUCAAGGGAUACCAAGAAGGUCUGGCCUUGCUUUUUAUACCUGAGUUUGAACGGCUCAAGGAUCCACUAGUAUGGUUGGAUGCCGCUGUACAGAUUUUUUACUCACUCGGCGUCGCCUAUGGAUCGCUGAUCGCGUUUUCCAGCUAUAACCCGAUUAAGAACGAUUCGACAAAGGACGCCAUUACAGUUUGCCUUAUCAACUGCGCAACCUCAAUAUACGCCAGUGUUGUGGUGUUUUCCUUCAUCGGUUUUCAGGCGGAAGACAAAAUGGAGCGUUGCCUAGAGAAACAAAAUAGUCAAGCUUUACGCCUGUUGAAUAACACAGGAAUAAGCAGCAUACCAGUGCCCACUCUGGACGGCUUGGACAACGAACUUUACAACGAGUUCCUUCACAACGCGUCCAUACUGUACAAUGAGACACUUGUCACCUGUAACAAGACCGAGUUUUUAACGAUCCCAUCUGGCCAAGGACUCGCCUUCAUAAUCUUCACAGAUGCGAUCAACAAGAUGCCAUUCGCGCCCAUAUGGGCUGUCAUGUUCUUCCUUAUGCUCAUUACUGUUGGCAUUGACACCGAGUUUGGAAUGUUGGAGGGUGUUGUUACCCCAGUCAUUGAUUUAAAACUUCUCCCCAAACUCAAGAAGGAGUAUCUUUCAGGUAUAAUAUGUCUCGUGUCUUGCCUGAUGGGCUUGCCUUUGGUUCAGUAUUCAGGAGAGUACUGGUUUCAGCUUAUUGACAGUUACUGUUCUGGGAUUCCAUUGCUAAUUAUCGCUUUAGUAGAGUGCAUCGCCAUUAGCUUCAUCUACGGUAUUGACAGAUUUAGCGAUGAUAUAAAAUACAUGACGAACAAACCUCCUCGUUUUAUUUGGAGAUGGUGCUGGAAAGUCAUUUCUCCAGUAACCAUUUUCGUUGUGCUUUCCAUGAGUAUCAAAAGUAUGUCAGAAAGUACGCCGCAAUACACGAUUUGGGAUGGAAAACAGGGCAAAGGAAUAAAGACUCCUUAUCCUCCAUGGGCUAAGUUUCUAGCGAUCUUACUUACUCUUGUGUCGAUAUUUUUUAUUCCCGCGGUGGCUUUCUUGCGUUACUUCCGUAUUAUUGGUAUGGGGACACCGGAACUUCCAAGCGUGGUGCUGGACGGGGAAGCUGACAAUUUAGACGCCUCUGAACUGCAGCCUCUUCACAACGGCAGGCCAGUAAAGAACAAGAAAAUGCGAAAACUUAGUCUUGCAAGAAGAAAGUUUAGACUCGAAGAGAAACUAGCAGAAAGAUCGGAGACGAAUAAAAAUGGUCCUUUGAACAGAGUCAUUACAGCUAACGGACAGACGUAUCAACUGGUGAACCAGCACAAUGGCGCGGCAAGGUUUAUUUGAAACUGUGUACAAGAAAAGUUAUGGCGACGAUAUGUUUUCUAGAUGUCACAAAACAGGAAUUUGCUCAGCUCUUGAACUGAUCAAGAUGUUGCGUUGUGCAAGUGCUUGUCGUUUCACCCCUAGGAAAAACUUGUUGACCCUCCAUUGUAUCUUCAACGGAUAUCAAAUGUUGUUUGAAGCUAGUGACAGAGUUAUAAUCAUCUCGUGUACAUCGACGAAGAAUUCUAUACGUCAAAGCGGUUUUACUCGUCGAAGCAGCAGAAAGCUAAGAAAGCGGAUUAAGGCUUUGCUAAACCCCAGGUUCUACCUUGCUAAGUCAUAAGCACUUAGUAACGAUAUGGCGGGUUCCAUUCAUGACUAAUCCGAACGACACUGAAUAAUAGACAUGUUUUUUUACAAGGAUAUAUCGGGGAAGGAAAAUAUCGUAGUUUUAAUGAAAUAAUUUUUGUAAGAAUAAGUAAAAUUCCCCAACAUUUGUAUAGAUAAUGGCCUUGAGCUCGAGGCUUCUAGGUCAAUCCACUUGUAUUGAGAUCAAUUAAUGAAGGAACCAAUGACAUUUGAUAGACGUAAUUUGCAUAUAAACAAGAGCGACGAAUCGCCAUUACAGUGGAACCUGUAUAUAAAGAAGUCUCGGUAUAACGAAUUGAUUGGUUAGGUUGUUUCUAGACCGGUUUUCACUUGAGUAUGGAAAGUAACUUGCAGUUGCUUGGGUUUUGCAUUUCUACGUUAUAUGAUUGGUUAAAAAAAUACUCCCACUACUAUUUCAUCCAAUCAGAAGUGAAACCCAAACCAACCGUGACUCGCUUACACGCGGUUUCCCGCGCUUCGUGUCCGCUACACGUAUUUACUGCGAAUUUUGAUUGGUUCAUUGGAUUGUCUGUUCCCUUUGGAAUUGACCAGGGUGGAUACUUUAGUCUUCUUUUCAUACUCAAUUGAAAACCACUCUAAAGGAAAUCAUUCACCAUUUAUAACUUACAAUAAUUAUGCGAAUAUUCCCGGAAUUUCUAGUGUCACAGUCUUCCAAAGUUCAUUUUAGAGUUUUCUCAGACAGAGAGAGGGAGUAACUGAAAACUUAGACAACCAUUUUUAAGGGUCCAAUUUUGAUUCAUUCCCAGUCGUUUCUCGUCCCGUUCACUUUUUUUUCCUAGACUCCCUACGAACUCCCCGUUUCUAUUCGUAUGCUCUCCUCAUAGGAGUCAACUGGGAAGAAGCGAUUAUGAUAUUAACUGAGUAUUUUGAUAUUUAAUCAUAAAUAUUUACUAUAGCUCCGUGUAUGGAGCAUUUGAUACUUUGUAUUUGGCUUGGUGUGCUCCUGUUUUGAUAAAGGCCCCACAAAACAAAGUAAAAAUUUGCACUAUUGCUUUUUACGAAUUCUUUAUGGGAGAAUUUGUAUUUCAAUGUUCUUGGGUUGUGAGUGUCAUGCCUUGGAUCUCCCCGCUUGAGUGAAGUCUAUGGCGUUGAAGUGAGAAGUUAGAAGUUAAUCACUGCAACUGGACGUGUACAAAAAGUAAUAAUUGCAUGCACAAGUAUUUAUUUGAAUUUUUGCUGAGAGCAUGGACGCAUUUUUUAGCUUUGUAAAGCAAGAGUUAGUUAUACAUAGAAAUGAGAAAGUUCAUCUCAUCGCAAAUUUAACUUAACUUCAAUUCGAAUGUUCCUUCUUCGGAUAUGAAGUAUAGCUCAGUUUUGAUCAGAAGAUAAAAUCUAAAUAUGCUUGAAAUACUCGCCAUCAGCGCAUCUUUGUAACUGAUUUUACUCGUUUGAACACAAACGCAGGCGUUUCAAGGGAACGAGUAAAUAAACGAAGAAUUUUCGAUAAAUUAGUUGUACUGCUUAAUCCCUUUAUGUUUCGCCCAGUUAAAUUCUGUUCGACCUCGGGGCCGCUAUUCUGAAGAUAACGGACAGAACUGAAAAGUAUAGCGGCUUUGUCCUUUCCACCUAGAAACCUCGCCAUAUUUGUAUCACCUCGCAUUGUGUUCAAGAUGGCAGCUCGAUCUUUGAUCGCGGAAUGGAGAGGCUAUUAAUGGUGAAAACUGAAGGAAGAUUAAUCUCUAAGGAGUUACUAGUAAUUAAGGAUCUAACCACCGCAGUUCCAUACCCUCUAGAGGAGACACCCACAUAAAAGUGGUGCAAAUCGUUUGUCGUUAAUUCUGUGAAAGGUAACCCCCCUUAUAACACGUAAACGGUCUGCGAAAAGUGAUGGUUUCGACCCCUGUCGGGUACCCGCCCAGAAUAUAAUUUCUUUAUCCCACGCACGUGACGAAGUGAUUCAACUUACUUACUUAACCGAACUUAAAAUUUGCCCGCAUAAUUGUAUUUAUUUAUCACCGCGUUUUUUGUUUUGUUCUUAAAUUAAUGUUCGGCGCAGGAACGACCAGAACGCUUUACAAGCAGUAUUGUGCUGUUCAACUGUUACUGAAUUAAAUUUUUUUUAUUUUAUUUUAUCAAUACACUGUAAGAGGUCACUACCCAUAUAGGGCCCCCACACGGCAACCACGUGAAUCACUUUUUUUUUUUAGCUUAACUGAUAUUUUCAUCGCGUUGAAAGACUAUGUGCUAUAUGUCAGUUUCUAGGUGACCCACGUCCAAAACAAUAUUGAACAACGAACUAACAGACCGCCUGCCAGCGCAUAAAGCAUUGAACUGUUCAACUGCAUUUAAUUUAAAUAAUUUUUACUUCAACAAUAAACUACAAGUGGAACCUGCUCAGCCGCACCUGAAUCGUCGAGGAAGAGCAAAAAAAAGAAAAAAAAAGCGAGUGACAGCACGCCACCACAUUUUUUUUUAAUUUCCCGCUCUUCGCUCAAAAACCAUCACAAGUAAGUGAGCUCUUUUAGUCUAUUGCAGCUACUAUUAGUAUGGCGAUCUAAUUCGAUGCAAAUGUUGGUUUGUUCUAUUAAGUUAUAUUUUUUUGUUGACAACACCAGCUAAUUUCUUUGUUUCAAAGAAUAAAUAUUCGAUUCCUGAUC